AUGAGACUGUUAUUGAUUGUGGCCGCAUUGAUCCCUUUCGCUUAUCUUCUGGAGCCUGAGAGGCAACUCCAGCCAGAUGGAAAAGGAUUUCGGAAACGCGCGUAUCGUGAUCCCAUUGCGAUAGUCAAAGCCCCCGCAAAACGGAAGAAACGUAACACACCGAAUAAACCAAAUAAACCAAAUAAACCAAAUAAACCGAGUGAACCGAGUGAACCGAGCGAAACGAAUACUUCAUCGAUUGACCUGGGGCCUGGAUUCCUUCAACGGCCGCAUAAAGAUGAUACGAUUUAUGCGUUGUACUCUGGAGCAGACGGGUACUAUACCGAGAUGUUUAAUUAA